UUACGGUUAUUUCGUAAUUUAAAGCUAUUAAUAAGACACAUUCAACUGUUUUACUUAAUUUAUAAAAAUCCUCGCACCAUUAUUUCAUUUAUAGGUGUAAAAUGCAAGUUCAGUUUACCAAAAGUAUUACGACAUUUUAAAUACGUGAGCUGGACUUAACACUCUAUAACAUCUAAGACAGAUCACUAAUGAUAGAAAACUAAGGGAAGUAACCAAGCUGCGUCACUAAAAGAAUUUUCAACUGAAAUGCAAUAUGAACAUCUGGACCACACAUUGGAUGAGCUGGACUCCUGGAUGAACAAACUGGAAGAACAGAAUGACAAUCUGAGUGCCGAACUCGACGCCUUAUUGGAGUCCAGCCGUCUAGUACGACGCGAACUGCAGCAGGAAGUCAGCAUUACCGCCGCAACUGAAGAACUCCAGCUGGAUAGUGGUAUUGCCAGCUUGAACAAGGGUGAUUUUACAUUGGUGGGAAAUAUGUUUGAGGGUACACAGGAUUGUGAUACGUGGUCAUCAGAAGUACACAAUGUACAAAGUGUAAAUGAAUCUGAUACUUCAGUAGUACAGAAUGUUCAAAGUGUUCAUGAAUCUGAUAUUUCUGGUCAGGAUGGUAGUCAAACAUAUUCAAACGAUGAAACUUAUGGCGUUUGUACACAGGCAAAUCAAGACAAUUCUUGAUAAUGUUUGAAAUAUUAAGAAUAUUUUUAAAGAAUUAUUUGUAUUUAACAAGAUGUAAGUGUUGUCAAAUAUUUAUUCUUUAGUGUAAUCUACAUUUAUCUGUAUAAAUUGCAUAUAAUCCUUGUACAGAGUCCUACAUUAGAAUGGUAUAGUUAAGGCACAAACACAAUGAAAUACUAUUUCAUAUUCUUUAUGUUCUAGCAGUUUAGUGUUCACUCACCUAUCUCCCGUUUUUGACAGCAUACAAGCUGUGGUCAGAAACAAUUGUUAUCUGAGACAGAACAUACAUUUAAAGUGACACAUUAUAUGGCAUUCAUUAAUGUUCUGGUUUAAUAUAUUGUAUUGGUGUUGUUUGUUGGAUGGACGGUACAAUAAGAAGUAUUACAAGCAAUAUCUAUUGGUGUUUUAGUAUAUUAACAGAUCUGUACAAAAUGUAGUAGCAUGAGUGUUUAAUAAAUAACGUAUUUGUAUUUUGAUAUCUUCUAUUAUUGUACAUGUAUGUUUGGAAAAAAAAAAUGCAAUUUUGA